GAACUAGGCUGAUAUAUUAUCUGUUGUUUGUACCGAUGGGGGUGACCAAGACUCCCAAACGGAGACGGAGGCGUGAGGCCAGCAAAUUUCCAUUUGGAGUUCCCCUAAAGGGAUGGUCACCAGCCUACGACGAGGCUCUUUUGAAGUUCAAUGAGGGAAAUGUACCAUUGCGCCGAAGUAGCAGAGUGAAAUUCAAAGUGGACCGAUUUGGGGGUGGAGAGGGGACUUCUUCAAUGGAGGACAGGAAGCCUGCAACUCGUAGAAAGCAGCGGAUGCCUAGGGACCCAAAAGGGUACUUCCUUGCUAGAGGAAAACAGUCGGGAGAAAUCGCAUUAUCUUGCUACAAUCAGAAACAUGGAACCAACUUGGAGUUCGUGAGAUUUGUGGAAUUCAAGGAGAGGGAAUUCUUUGGACCUGGUUACUUAUUGAACUUUAACGAGAAAUACUCUAGGUGGAGGCAUGUCAACUUUGAGGCCAGGCUGCCCAAUGCAAAUCCCAAUGACAAACCACUCCUUCUGUUUGCUGAAUUAUAUAGGAAGAAUGGCAAAUAUGAACUUACCACACUGUCACAAGUGAACCCUUCCCCUGAUGAUUGUGCUUGUCCGAGUUGUGACAGAUCUUCCGUGAUUCAUCCUCUUCAUGGAUUUCGUGCUGGUUUUGUGGCCUCUGAGCCCAGUGAGCCCAAGAUAAUGUCCAAAGAAGAUGCUGUCAAACUGGCCGAGUUCGCAUUGAAGGACUACAAUGAUAAACAUGGAACAACGUUGAAGAUUGAAAGGGUCCUUGAAUGCAAUAGUUUUACGAGUUCUGGUCCAUUGAUGGACUUCACUGUGAAAACCAAACGUUGGGUGCAUAUGAACUUUGAGGUGAGGGCGGGUACUAUGGAAGACAUAAUUCGCUUGUUUGCUGAACUUUACCUCUCAGAUGAUAAUACGACGUACGUGCUUGCGUCAUUGUCACCCACCAGUCCUUCAGAAAAGCGGUGCGAAUGGGCAAAGUACUACAACUUAG